AAGAGAGAGGGAAGAACGGGCUGAAAUGCUCGCCGUCUCCAUGGCUUUUCUUAUUUUCCCCGCUGCGCUCCUCGUAGCCGCGCAAAGCGUCGGGGAGCUCCAAGGCCUCCACUCCCACGGAGGAAGCGCAGACUUCGAGCAACCAGACCCAUGCCUGACUAUAUAUCCACCAUGUUUGAGUGAGGCUGAUCGUUACAGCCUGGAGGCUCUGCGUAGCAUCCACCAGAUGAUGGAUGAUGACCAAGAUGGUGGGAUCGAAGUGGAGGAGAGCAUGGAGUUUAUCAUUGAAGACAUGAAGCAGCAGCAGACCCACAAACAUAGCAACCUGCACAGAGAAGACCAGCACAUUACAGUGGAGGAACUCUGGAGGGGCUGGAAGUCAUCUGAAGUGCACAACUGGACACUAGAUGAUGUUCUGCGCUGGCUGAAAGACUUUGUCGAGCUGCCGCAGUAUGAACGAAAUUUUAAGGAUUUUAAGGUUAACGGCAACACCCUUCCCAGGAUUGCAGCAAAUGAGCCUUCGUUCCUGAGUACCCAGUUAAAGGUUCUGGACCAGAGAGACAAACAGAAGCUCAACAUCAAAGCUUUGGAUGUUGUGCUGUUUGGACCACCUACACGCCCCCCUCAUAACUAUAUGAAGGACCUGCUGCUGAUUGUGUCAGUGGUGAUGGGAAUAGGCGGCUGCUGGUUUGCUCAGGCCCAAAAUAAAGCCAGCAAGUUUCACGUCGCCAAAAUGAUGAAAGAUUUAGAAAGUCUUCAGAGGGCAGAACAGAGCCUCAUGGACCUACAGGAACAACUGGAGAGGGCUCAGGAAGAAAAACGAAAUGUGGCGGUGGAAAAACAAUACCUGGAGGAGAAGAUGAGAGAUGAGAUUAUUGGAGCUCAGGAAGAAGCUCAUCGUCUUCAUGAACUGAGACAGGGAGCCGUUAGUGAGCUCAGCCGCCUACGGUAUGCAGAGGAAGAGCUGGAACAGGUUCGUGGAGCACUAAAGCAGGCUGAGAAGGAGAUGAUAGCCAGCUGGACUGUCUCAGGCGCCCUUCAGCAAUGGCUUCAGCUUACACAUGAGGUGGAGGUUAAGUACUACAAUGUUAAAAAGCACAGCGCAGAGCUACAAUUAGCAGCUGCCAAGGAAGAGGCAGAGAGAAUCAAGAGGAAGAGGAAUUCUGUUCUGGGCACUUUCCAAAUGGCCCACAGCUCUUCUCUUGACCACGUUGAUCACAAGAUCAUGGAAGCAAAGCAGGCAUUGUCUGAAGUAACAGCUUGCCUGCGAGAGCGCCUUCACCGCUGGCAGCAGAUUGAGCUCCUCUGUGGUUUUCCCAUUAUGAGAAAUCCUGGACUAACAAACCUCACAGCUCAACUCUACUCCGACACAACCGCAGUGGGGUUCCCGCGAGUAUCACAGUCUUCCUGUUCAUGUCACAGCUCUGUUCACGGCUCAAUAGAAGAUCUUUUAGAUGAGCCUGCUGCUUCUAUUAUACCCCAGAUGCCUGUUCAAAUUCCACCUAUUAAGCGCUCUCCUCGUCUUCGCGGAUCCACCAUCUGUAGGGCACGUCGUCCUGGAGUUAUCCCUCCACAACAGCCUUCCAUGAUUUCCUCAGAUCCUGACCUCCUGAUCCCUAUCAGAUCCCCUUACUCUUCCUAUGAUGAAGGAGAUGAGCUUCACCAUAAAACCCUUAAAAAACAAGAUUCACAAGAGAAAUUCUUAGACGCAGAGCUUAUAACAUCCUCAACUCACAGCAAAAUGCUUUCUAGUCCUACGUCUCUUGAUGCCUCAUCUAGAAGAUUCUAUCAUGAUGAAGCUGAGCUCCUAGCAGACAGCCAAAUGACUAAGCCUCUGUGUGAACAAGUAGAAGCUCUUUCUGAAAUUUCACUUCCCAAAAUGUCUGAGGGAGAGCUUGAUACUCCUGUAGAUGUGAAUGUUCCUUGCAAGAAGAUGACAAAAGACAAAACCGGUGGUUCUACUUUGGAAACCGCUUCUUGUAAGAUCUCUAACCAGGACUCUCAUGGAAAUACUGCACCUAAGAAGAUAUCCAGACAGAAGAGUUUAGUUUCAAUGGGUGCCGCAUUAAAGCAGGGCAUUUCUCAUGAUUUAGAUGUAGAGAUCUCACCUAUAAAAACCGAGAAAGGUACUGCUGAGGAUUUGAUGGAGGUUCCUUUCAGGAGUCUUUACAAGGAAAGACAUGACUUAGAGCCACUGGAGAUGAAAAAGAUUCUCCGGCCAGAGUUAGAAGCAUCAUCAGAAACACAUAGGAUAAUGUCAAGGGAUGUAGUUGAGACUUCCAUAAAUAGAAAGAAAAUUAGAGAAGAUGCUGAACGCCUGUUUGAAUCUAGAAGAAUUACAAGGAAUUCAAUGGGAAUGUCCUUAGACACAGCCUCUAGGAAGCUUCCGUUGAAUACAGGAGACCAUCACUAUGAACCGUCUCCAAUGGCUGUACCAAAGGAUAAAGUAGCUGAGACAGCUAUAAAACCACAGAGGAAGAUUUCUCGAGAUGAACUGGAAUAUUUUUCAGACCCCAGAGAGACUAUAGAUGCCUUUAGGGAUCCACAAGAGUUUAGUCUAGAGUCUUCAAAAGGCCAAGGAAUAAAGAGAGAUGAAGCUGAGAUGUCUGCUGGUUCCUUAAGAAGGAGAAUAGCUGGAAUACCAAGAAGUGAUACCAGUUCAACAGAUGCCUUCACUGAAAACAUCUCCUGGGAUCGAGUUAAUACUCCAGCUGAUAUGCAUAAGCAUCUAACCCUGAGGGAGGACUUUGGAGGAUAUGAAUCAAGCUCUUUACCAUGUCGUAUUGGACAGCCAGAUCUCAUGCUAACAUCCCAAGGUCCAUGGCAGUCCUCCUCAGACCUCUAUACUGCUGGUCCUCUGAGCCAACUUGUGUACGAUGGAAUCCUUGAGAAAUCAUGCAGCUCCAUGGCCUCUCUGCAUACAUCUCUCUCAGCCUCUACUCCAAAUCUUCCACAAGGCAGGCUGCCAGCUGACUUGGAGUCACCGCUUCCUCCUCCAAAAGCAGUUCACCCAUCUCUUUUAUCACUCCCUGAUAGCGGAGAUGAAAAGAACAAAGAUAAGGAUAAAAACAAGAAAACUCUAAAGCUGAAAAACCUUUUUAAAAAGAAAAAUGAGUCAAACCCAGAAAAGUCUCACAGCGGUCUUCAGAAACUCUGACAACCUACAGUCUUUUUCCCCUAGCCUGAGGUUUAUUUUCAGAUAUUAAAGCUUCGGCGUAUGUUUGAGUUGAUUUUCUGCCUAAGUAAGGUUAUAAAAUCCAGGGGGAAAAAAGUAUUUUCUUUUGUACUAUUAGAUAGCCAACAAUUGGUCCAGCUAAGGAACUACACAACCAACAGUACAGCAGCAGCAAACCAGUGAAUUUCCAUGUGGAACAUCAGCACCAAUCACAGAUUCAACAAGGUUUUGUACUAUUCUAGAAAAAAAAGUUACCUUUAAUGUCACCUUCACAUGACUGAUUUCCUUUAGUUAAAAGCUCAUCACAUCCCGGAAUUCAGGGACUUUGAGAAUGGUUUAAUCGUAUUUGCAAAUAUGAUGAUUUUUGUUUAGAAUUUUUAGGCUAUUUUUUAUUUCAAAGGAGUAUACCACUGCAUUGAAAUGCUAGAAAAAAAAAAACAGAGUGGCUGCUGAAAUUUUAAUUUUGAAAUUUAUAUUUGACAUCAGUUUUAUUCGCUUAACAAGUCUUACAGGCACAUGAUUACUAAAGGGCUCUAGAUGUGUGACUUUUAAAUGCUUUUGCUAAUGUUUAAGUAAUAUAUGACGCUUCUGCUUCUCUGUAAAACAGAGUAAAUGUUUGAAUUCAAAACAAAUUUUAAAUUAUUUAUUAAAGUGAAUAGAAAUUGUAAUGAUGCAUUUGUUUAAAAUGAGCAGUUUAUAUUGUGAAUAACGCUAUUUUAACCAAAGCAGUGAAGUUUUUAAUGCAAAGAAAAAAAACUAAUUCAAGUAUUCAGUUUUAACUUGAAUAGACACUAAGCACUUAGAAUGAAUGCGUUCUGAAUUACAAAAUCAACAGGAACAUGCACUCAAAGUGGAAUUUUGACUUUUCAAGUGAGGUGUUUUAUCAUGCAUCUCACUGGGAAUCCAAUAAGUCUGACUUGCAUAUUAAAGGGGGCAGAACUGUAGUAAUAAAAUGCUUUUUUUUGUAUUUCUCUAAAUCAAUGGCCCAUAUGGUAGUGUGCAGUGCUUAUCUGUGAACAUGUUUCUCUAGAACUAAAAUACAUAUGAUGUAUAUAAACCCUUUGGUUGGCUUAUAUUGCCAGUAACUGUAAGCGGUCAGUGAGCAAAUGAGUUACAGAUCCUACAGACUUUCCAACUUAAAGUCUUUCAGGGGAGUACGACAUCAUUCCUUAUUCUGGUCUGAAUCUUUCUACCACAAACUUAUCUUAUAUCCAAAAUGGCUGCUACAUUUAAAAUCCCGAGAAAACUACAGUAGUAGAAACUUAUUUUUUUAUGUCUGGAAGGGAGACUUCUAAUAAAUCUGUAGCACAAAUAGAAAUGCACAAUGUUUCUACCAUGCUUGAAUACAUAAAACUCAAAAGAUUAAGUGGAAAAGUUACAGAAACUGAGUCCCAAUUUGUCAAACAUGUAGCAUUUUAUUCUUUUAUUCUUUAUUUACACAGUGUAGUCUCUUGAGACUCAAUGUCUCAUUUACAAGAAAGACCUUUUCAAACACAUAAAGUUACAACUGUUUUCAACAGCAAUUGCAGUUUUUCCAAAAAAUCAAAAUGGUCUUCUCUCUUUUUAAGGCAACUUUAUUUAAAGGUUUCUAAUAGUAUUUUAUCUGAAACAAACAAACA